GGGUUGUUAUGCCUUUCGGACUCACCAACGCCCGGCGACUUUUCAAGCGGCGAUGACCAACGAGUUCUGAGCAAUGUUGGACCGGUUCGUGCUGGUCUACUUGGACGACAUCCUCGUCUAUAGCCGGACCUUGGAGGAACAUCUUGACCAUCUUCGACGAGUGUUGGAGACACUUCGACGCGCCAAGUUCAAAGCCAACCGCGACAAGUGCGAGUUCGUGCGUCAAGAGUUGGAAUACUUGGGCCACUUCGUCACUCCACAAGGCAUCAGUCCGUUGUCGGACAAGAUUCAARCCGUCCAAGAUUGGYCGGAGCCRCGGAACGUCACGGAUGUCCGAUCAUUCCUUGGCCUCGCCGGCUACCACCAACGCUUCAUCAAAGGCUACUCGAAGAUCGCGGCUCACUUAACCAAGCUUCAAUGCGAGGACCGGCCGUUUGACUUCGGGACGGACGCGCGGGAAUCAUUCUUGGCCCUCAAGGCCGCAUUGCUUUCCGCGGAGGUAUUGCGGAUAUACGACCCGCUACUGCCAACGCGCGUCACCACGGACGCAUCCGGCUAUGGCAUUGGUGCCGUCCUCGAGCAACAUGACGGCGUGGAUUGGCACCCGGUCGAAUACUUCAGCAAGAAAGUGUCGGCCGUGCACUCCAUUGACGAUGCACGCAAGAAGGAACUUCUCGCCUUCGUCCAUGCACUCAAGCGAUGGCGGCACUUCCUCCUCGGUCGACGCCAGUUCCGAUGGGUAACGGACAACAAUCUGUUGGUGUUCUACAAGUCACAAGACACCGUCAACAGCACCAUUGCCCGUUGGAUGGCCUUCAUCGACCAAUUCAACUUCUUUCCUGACCACAUUCCGGGGAAGUGGAACCGCUUUGCGGAUGCCCUUUCGCGGCGUCCGGACCACUGCACCGCGGUCUACUCAACCUUCGAGAUCAAGGACGACUUGCGGGACAACUUCAUCCGCGGCUAUCAAGCCGACCCCGAGUUUCGCGACAAGUACGCAAACUGUUCCUCUCCCAAUCCGGCGCCUUCGCACUAUCGGAUACAAGAGGGAUACUUGCUUCUUCACUCGAGGGGAUCUUCUUUGUGUGCCGCAAGAUUCACAUUUGCGCACUCGGCUUCUUGGCGAGUUCCACGAUGCCCCCGCCACUGGACACUUUGGAGUCAAUCGCACGAUUGGCCGACUACGCGAGCGCUUUUGGUGGCCCGGUCUCCUCGACGACGUCACGCGCUAUUGCGAGUCAUGCGAAGUUUGCCGACGUUGCAAACCUCGCAAUCAUCGUCCUUAUGGCGAAAUGCGACCAUUGCCGGUCCCCUUGCGCCGAAGGGAAACGAUUGCCGAUUUUUGGUUGGCGCUCAUCAAACGAUGGGGCUCAUCCCUCAAGCCAAGUUCGGCUCGCCACCCCCAAACCGAUGGCCAAACGGAGAGGGCACAUCAGACCGCACAGGUCCUCCUUCGAACUCUCAUCCGUCCCGACCAGAAAGAUUGGAUUGAGCGGUUGCCGGAUGUCGAGUUGGCAUACAACUCGUCCAUCCAUCCGUCUAUCGGGAUAUCGCCCUUUGAGUUC